AUGUCGGCUCCGUUGCUGCUCUGGUUUACCCUCCUCCACUGGGCCACUGAUGGAGGCUUCAUCUGGGGGGGCACAACGUGGCAGCACUGCACAGACCUGCGUCCGCUGGAUAUUCUCUCAGAGGUGGUCCCCACCAGUGGGCUGGCCCGUGGCAUGAGAGUGUUUCAAGUGCAGGGGGUACGUGGUUUCCAGCUUGCCACCUCACGGCCCCGUGCCCUGGGCUUCCCUGCCUCCCGGCUCUUCAUCCACUGCGACCACUUCCCGGAGGAGUUCUCCAUCAUCGUCACGCUGAGGGUGCUCAGUGUCCCCACCAAGAGAAACGAGUACGUCUUCACACUGAUGGCAGAGGAGAGCCCCAGCAUCCUGGUGGGACUGCGCUACGCCCCUGACAAGCUCCACUUCCUCUUCUGGAACCAGGAGCAUGCUGGCGGCUGGCAGACCCGCGUCCCCUUCCCCAACGUCUCCCUCUCUGACAACCAGUGGCAUACACUCGUCCUGGCUGUCUCUGGCCAAUCCUUCUCCCUGACGGUGGACUGCAGCAUCCCCAAGGAUGUGGUGGUGGAGACACCAUUUCCAGCCUCUCUGUCGGUGAAGAGAGCCAGCUUCUACCUGGGCAACAGGAGGAGAAGAAAAGGCGUGUUCACGGGCUUGCUGAGACAGCUCGUCUUGCUGCCAGGAGCUGAUGCCACCCCUCGGAUAUGCACCACCAUGAACUUUAAAGUAGUGACACUCUCUGUCCCCACUGUUCUCCAGGAUCUCCCCACAAAGACAGCAAGCAACGAGGUGCUAAAAUACCCCUACGCGACUGACACGAAGGUGACCCUGGGGUCCCAUCCACCCUGCACCAAGCAGGAGAAGGCGCAGUUCUGGUUCAACGCCUCCCGGCGAGGGCUGUACUUGUGCAAUGGCAGCGCUUGGAUUUCCAUGCUGGAAGUCAAACAAAGACUGGACUAUGUGGAGGAGUACCAGAACCUGGUGACCAACUCGGAGACAAUGGGUGUUGAGGUUUUCACCAUCCCAAAGGUGGGACUGUUCGCAGCCACUGCCAACCGGUACACCACCCCAGGAUCAGCCAUCUAUAAAUGGACCGAUGGGAAGUUUGUGCCCUACCAGAACAUCCCCACCUACCAAGCUCAGUCCUGGAAGUAUUUCACCAUAGGAAAAAAGAUCUUCCUAGCAGUGGCUAAUUUUGCGCAGAAUGAUAGAGGUCAGGAGUUCUCUGUAAUAUACAAGUGGAGCCGCAGGAAAGAGAAAUUCAUCACAUACCAGAGGAUUACCACGCACAGCGCUAGGGACUGGGAGGCAUUUUUCAUUGAAGGAGAGGCUUUCCUCGCGGUGGUCAACCACAGAGAAGGGAAUAACCACAACAUAAACAGCGUGAUAUAUAGGUGGAACCCCAGGACAGGGUUGUUUGAAACCAACCAGACUAUCCCUACCUCUGGAGCCUAUGACUGGGAGUUUUUCACCAUUGGGCCGUAUUCCUUCCUGGCUGUGGCUAAUACUUUCAAUGGCACAUCCACUAAGAUCUACUCGCACAUCUACAUCUGGCUCAGUGGUUCUUUCCAGCUCUUCCAGUCUAUCCUGACUUCUGGUGCUGCUGACUGGGAGGUCUUUCGUAUCGGGGACAGAGUCUUCCUGGCUGUUGCAAACAGCCACAGCUAUGACAGCGGGAUGCCAGCGCCCUCUAACUUCUAUGCUAUCAACUCCUCCAUCUAUGAGCUGAACAUCACUGCUCAGAUGUUUGUCAAAUUCCAGGACCUCCUCACCUACAGUGCCCUGGAUUGGGAGUUCUUCUCAGUGGGAGAUGACUCUUUCCUGGUGGUAGCAAACUCUUUCGAUGGCUUCACCUUCGACGUUAACAGUAUUAUCUACAGGUGGCAAGGCUAUGAAGGCUUUGUAGCAGUCCACCACCUACCCACUGUUGGCUGUAGAGACUGGGAGGCAUUUCACACCGCUGAGGGCUCCUACCUCUUCUACUCUAGUGCCAAGGAGCCGCUUUCCAAGGUCCUCAAACUGAAAACUGUCUGA